GAUGUAUUUUGUUUUGGGGCGUGUCGUUAGAGGGGGAAAGACCUGUCAGUGCUGAGCUUUUUGAGCGGUCACGGUAGCUGGCGAAGCUGUAGAUUGGCAAUAGUUUUUGCAUUUGCAAUAUGAAGAAUGGAAGAAGACGAUGUUAGUAUCAGGGAACAGAAUUUUCACAGCCAAGUUAGAGAAUACAUCAUUUGUUUCCUAAUAUUUGCAGUGCUCUACAUAGUGUCCUACUGCAUCAUAACCAGAUACAAAAGGAAAACAGAUGACCAGGAGGACGAAGAUGCUGUCGUCAACAGGAUAUCACUCUACCUGUGCACGUUCACCCUGGCCGUGUCGGGGGGGGCGGUCUUCCUCCUGCCCUUCUCUAUCAUUAGUAACGAGAUCCUGCUGUCCUUCCCCAAAAACUACUACAUUCAGUGGCUCAAUGGCUCGCUCAUUCAUGGCCUGUGGAACCUGGUGUCUCUGUCUUCCAAUCUCUGCCUCUUCGUCCUGAUGCCCUUCGCUUACUUCUUCCUGGAGUCGGAAGGGUUUGCUGGCUCCAAAAAGGGUAUCAGGGCGAGGGUUCUGGAGACCUUCGUGAUGCUGUUCCUGCUGGGCCUUCUCAUCCUGGGGAUCGUCUGGGUGGCGUCUGCCCUCAUCGACAACGACGCGGCCAGCAUGGAGUCGCUCUACGAUCUCUGGGAGUUCUACCUACCUUAUCUCUACUCCUGUAUUUCCUUAAUGGGAGGCCUUCUUUUGCUCAUGUGCACACCUGUGGGUCUCUCCAGGAUGUUCACGGUCAUGGGCCAGUUACUGGUCAAACCCACGAUACUGGAGGACCUGGAUGAGCAGAUUUACUGCAUCCAUUUCCAGGAGCAGGCCCUUCUGAGGAGAUUAAAUGGCAGCCCAUCAUCCUCCGCCGUCCCAGGAGGCUCGCUCCACCACCGCAGCAAAGAACUGGACAGUGUACGGAGCCAGAGGAUCAAACUGGAGAGAAGAAAGAAAGCCUCUGCAUGGGAGAAGAACCUGCUGUACCCCAUAGUCAUGUUAAUCCUGCUGACGGGGACGACUCUCUCAGUUUUGCUGGUGGCGUUGAACAUCCUGUACCUGCUGGUGGACGAGACAGCCAUGCCCAAAGGAUCCAAGGACCAAGGGAUUGGGAACACUUCGCUGUCGACCUUUGGCGUGGUCCAAGCCCUGGUGGAGAUCAUCCUCAUGUUCUACCUGAUGGUCUCCUCGGUGGUGGGCUUCUACAGCCUCAGGGUCUUCCAGAGCCUCACACCCAGGAAGGACGACACCACCAUGACCACGAUCAUCGGUUGCUGUGUAUCCAUCCUGGUGCUGAGCUCAGCCCUCCCUGUCAUGUCCAGAACCCUGGGUAUCACCAGGUUUGACCUCCUUGGAGAUUUCGGGAGAUUUAAUUGGCUGGGAAACUUCUACAUCGUCCUAUCAUACAACCUGUUGUUUGCUGUCGUGACGACGCUCUGCCUGAUCCGGAAAUUCACCUCAGCGGUCCGUGAAGAGCUCCUCAAAGCACUAGGUCUGGAUAAAUUGCAGCUCUCAAACAGCCCCACAGACCCGGAGUCAGGGAAGAUCGCAGUCAACGGCCAUCAGAAAACUCUGUGAGAGGAGAAGACACACACACAACCACAUACACACAACCACACAGACACACAUACACACACCUCAGCACAGCCUAAGGGAGAUUCUGACAGAAUGCCUGCAUUACAGAAGGAGGAAAAAAAGCAAAAGGGAUUUAGAAGUCUCUGGUAGAGAAUUGGUACACACGACAGACGGACUGACGGACGCGUCAAAAUGGGGGCCGAGAGCAAUCUUAAGCUUCAUGACAUUCCAUCCAACUUUCUCCUGGGAGGAAGUAAGAGGGCGGAACGGGAAGUAAGGCCUGAAGUCUCAAGACUGAAACACACUGGCAUUACAACAGUGACCUUGACAAUGACCUCAACAGUGACUGUGACCCUCAUAGGCCACUGAGCUGGUGGUGGUGAUGGUGGGGGGGGUUCCAGUACCUUCUCUAUUCUGACACCCCCCACCGUUGCACUAGACCAGAGAGGAGUCCUGAGCCCUCUCUGUCUUGUAAACCUCAAAACAAUGGGCUAAAUAGAUGCCUUUUGAUUCAUCCAUGGUUUACACAGUUCAUAGUACGCCAUGUUUCACAGUCUGGUUUUUUCCAAUAUGUUCCUUCUCCAUCAUCUCACAGUUACUGAGCCCCUCAGCAAUGUCGAGUAAAAAGAAUUAAACAAAUAAAAAUAAGAACAUUUAUAGUACAUUACUUUACCAUGAUUUGUUUCUAAUGUUAUUUAUAUGGUCUGUAUUAUUGGUAUACUGUCCUCAAAUUGACUACUAUUCAAACCGUGGUAAAGCUAGAUGGUUCCCUUUUUGAUAAGGAGACUUGUUGAUUUCUUAGCAAAUGUGAACACACCAUUUUCUAUUGAGGCUCAGCAGUUGAAUUUAUUGUAUUCUCAUUCAUCCCAGCCAGUAAACACAGCAUGUAAUUGUAUGCACAGUCCAGGACGGUGUUAUUGUUUCUCCAUUUUGUAGAUGUGUGUCUGUUUCUGGUAUCAGUGUGUCCACAUAUUCACACAGUGAAGGUUAGUGUCCCAUGUGUGUGCAGAGACAGCACUAUGUUGGGUCUUAUUUCACUUCUCUUGGCUUUAAUUUCAUUGGGUUUUAGAACAGACAACAGGUAUCACUAGAUGCAGUAAAGUAAAACUAUUUUAGGCAAAACUAGAGAAAACAGGUGUCCAUCUUGAUUCCAAAGACUGAAUUUCAUGCUACAAUCCUGUGGUUGGAUUAGUUUAAAAUCGAAUGCACACAUGUAAAAACUAAAAUGUCUUAUUCUCCAAAUAAUUGUGUGAAAGUUUCUCAGAUUAAUGGGGCACAACACUUGUCUUUUUUUGUGUCAUAUUGUAAAUUGUAUAUAGUGUAUUAUGUUUCUUUUGUUACUUUUUAGUUUUUGUCAUUUGAAUGUAAAUAGUUGGCUGCCAUUUAGUCCCACAAGGUGUUGUUGGUUGUUAAUGUCUACAGAAUCUCUUGAACUGUGAUGUUGUUAGUCACUAGAACCACCUUUGAUGCCUUAACAGUAGGAGCUUACAGGCUUUAUAUUCGUGUUUGUGUAUGGAUGUGUGUUUGCGUGUGUGUCUGCGUGUGUGUGUGUGCGUGUUAUCACUUGUUUUGUAAUUUCAAGAAUUCACUGUGAACCCUUUUCUCUGGAUUUCAAGAAGUUAACUGUCCAGGUAUAACUUUGUUUGCAGUGAAUGUAGUCAAUAGCCCAUGCUCUUAUCCACAGUGGGGUCUUCCAAGGGGGUUGUCCAUUCUUGCAGGGGUCUUCCAGAAGCCAGGAUAAACUGUCACCAGAUCACUUCAAUGUAGGAGAACUAAACAUUUUAAUAUUUUAAAAUGUUCAGUCUAUAAAAGUACAGAUCUGGGAGAAAAGAGAUGAUUAAAAGUAGACAAUUGAUGUUAACUCAUAUUGAAGUUGACCAGUUGAUGGUUAUAUUCUUGAAAGUGCAGAUCAGAUCUGGUUGGUAAAAGUUAUUUUAGUAGGUCUUGAACACCUGAACAGACAUUAGCCUACAUGAUGUGAAGACAAAUGGAGAAUGCUUCUGAGAACCAAUGAGAUGAGGGCAACAGGAAUGUACUGGGAUGUACAGUUCGAUGGUGACUUGUAGUAGGAUGUGUUUUAAUGGGAACGUCAUCGUAACCAUAAAGCAUAGAAGAGGAAGGAAACAAGGUGUAUUUAAUAUGCAUUUCAAACAUUUCUUGGGUGUUUUGCACAGGGAAUGUUUUUACAUUGACUUUUGUCUUUUGAUUGAUUUUUAUGAUAAAAGGAAGCCAUUGGCCACUUGAUGCCCUGUGGAACAGAACAUGGGUGGCUUACUUCAAGGCAGUGCUAACUCUCAAUCGCAAAGCUUUAGUUGUAUUUUAUUAAGGUUCCUUUUUCUGCCCUCCAGUGAGCUCCAAAUUUUUGUUUUGUUGCUGCUUAGUUUGGGUCAGUGGAACUUCUGAUUUUGAAUUGAUGCGAUAACAACACCAAAAACACAAGGUCAGGUAGAGAGGUUCAUGGUGGUUACCUCAGGAUUCAGAAGGGGAAGUCACAACUCUAAAGUUUACAACCAUAUGAGUUGGGCUCUUUGGAAACAGUGGGUGGAACAGAAAUGGUGGGGUGCCGCUUAAAACAGACCUGUGGACAUGAACAGUCAGUCUGGUUUAUGCUGUGCUAAGUCUAGUCCUGUGGAACUGCCUCACUACUAUCAGGCAUCCAAUGGCUUUGGGGAAGCCAAUACUCAUUGAUACUGUGAAAUAAAUCUGUGUGGGGCGGGAAGAAACGACCAAAACACAUCCAUUCCUUUUUAUUGUCUGCUUUGUGCUUCCUCAAUCACUUUAAAACUUGCCCUAAUUCUAAGUAUCCCUAUGGAAACAAUAACGACAUUGUACUCUGUCGUCCUCAAAAUGUUAUUCAAAAUUGUUAUGCAACUCGUGUAAUUUAUUUCAUAGGGAAAGCACACAAGCAGUCACAAUUUUUACAAUCUCUAUGCCAUGCAUAGUUUUUUUAGGUGAAGACAGAAAAGGCCUGCUUCUAUCAAUCUGGUUGCCUUCACAGUAUUUCACACACAGCAAGGAAUUGUAUGGUUGAGAAUUUGAUAUUUUGUCUUUUCAUGUCCAUUUUGUCUAUCCAAUUUUUGCGUUACUGCAUGUAAUCUUGUGCUAAAUGUACGUGAAUGUUUUUUUUUUAUAUACCAUGUUCAAUUUCAAACUUUUUUGUUGUUUGUUGGUUUGUUUGCAA